GCUUUUCCGGUGUAGUGGACAAAGAGUUUAGACACCUACGAUGGUUUCGUCGGUAACUUCAAGAUCAUGCAACAACAACCUUGUCGUGCCUCCAACCGGCACUUUGUUGAAGAAAUGCCCAGGAUCCCUCGAGAUCGGGAUUCAAGACAGUUUCUGGCUAGGGAUACGCAUGGGCACCGAAUUUAUCACCUUAAGUACAAGAGGAGGAUGAGGGGACGCCGUCCGAAGCAAACAAUAACUGGCCUAAGACACUUUUUUCAAGAUCAUGGUUUGCAACCUAGGGAUCGAAUUACUUUGUACAAGGAGGUGGGCAAUGAGGUGAAGUUGAUGGGAAAACUCAUCUCUCCACUCUAUGUGAUCCACUUUGAGAGGGUUAACGAAGUUGCAGCCGGUGAAGAUCCCGCUCCGUUGCAGGCUGGUGAUGAUCAUGCUCCUUGAGGAUUAACGAAGGUGUUUUCUGGUAGAUGCUUUUGUUUUUGUUUUGGUUUUUUUUUUUUUUUUGGGUUUUUUUCACAUCUUGCUGUUGUGGUUUUUCAAUAAAUGUAAUUCUCUGGUAGAUGUUUUUUUUUUUUUCUUUUUUUUUUUUUUUUGGGUUUUUUUCACAUCUUGCUGUUGUGGUUUUUCAAUAAAUGUAAUUCUCUGGC